AUGAAAUCCCAGAAGAGUGAAGAUGUUUCAGUCAAAGUGGAAGACAGAGCCCUGGCAGUUUUGGAGAUUUCUCAGAACUGGCUGACUGAAGGAGACUCUGUAACUCUGGAAUGUGCAGUGAGAAGCUCCUCCAGAGGCUGGACGUUCAGCUGGUUCAGAGAUGAUCAUGAGCUCUCAUCAGAGAGCAGCAAAGGAGCUGGAGGCUCUUACACUCUCAGUCCUGCUGCUGUGAAGCACACAGGAGUUUAUGCAUGCCGAGCAGAGAGAGGAGCUUAUUACACUAAAUACAGCUACACUCAGCUGCUCUGGGUCACCCCUCGAUGGCCUGGAACUUCUCUGAUUAUCAAUCCCAGCAGAUCUCAACACUUUCUUUCUGACUCUCUGUCCCUGAGCUGUGAGGACCAAAAGAGCUCCAGAUGGAGACUGAGAAGAUACAGUGAGAGGCUGGAAAACUCUUUAUCUUCAGACUGGGGGUCAGAAACAGGAUCUACGUGUAGAAUCAGCUCCCUUAAGACAAAUGAUACUGGAGUUUACUGGUGUCAGUCUGAGUCUGGAGAGAAGAGUCAACCUGUGAACAUCACAGUACAUGAUGUUGAUGUGAUCCUGGAAAGCUCUGUUUAUCCUGUAAAUGAAGAAGAUCCUCUGACUCUACGCUGCUUACAGCGAACUACGAACUCCUCAAACCUAAGAGCUGUUUUCUAUAAAGACGGAUCUCUCAUUCGGUCCCAAAUUACAGAUAACCAGCUGAGCAUUCCUGCUGUCUCAAAGUCACAUGAGGGUUUCUACUACUGUAAAUUCCAAAAGAGAGGAGAAUCACCAAAGAGCUGGGUCUCAGUCACAGAGUCACAAACAGAAAAUCAGGUUUCAGUCUUAAAAAUGAUCAGCAGUGUGUUUGCAGUCUCUCCGUAUAUACUUGUGUCCAUCAUUCUGGCAGUCAAAUGCCACAGAGCUAAAGGUAAAACAUCAUCUUUAUUCCCAUACUCUUUGUUUCUGAGUCAAAAUCUGGUCCCAAUUUAUAUUAAGUGGCCUUAACUACUAUGUACUUACAUUAAAAAAUAAGUACAAUGUACCUUUUGUGUUCAUAUUGUAUUGCAAAACACUUUUGCUGUCAGGAUGGGAUACGGUUUAUUUUAGGGACAGGUUUGGUGGUAUAGGUACUGUAGGUUCAAAGGGAUAGUUCACUUUAAACUUUGGGUGAACUAUCCCUAUAAGGGUGAGUUAAGGUGUAAGUGAUGGGUCAACAGUGUAAUUAAAAAUGUA